GAGCUGCUCGAAAACUCGCGAGAUGUGGUUCAAGAGAUCUUAGCUAGCUGCUUUAGCACUCAGGCAUUCCACCACCCAAACAGCCAGCACCAUGGAAGCGCCAACGUCAGGCACGCGUACCUACUCGACGAUGACCCGCGCGUCUUCGAUCGCGACUUCUUCGGUACCAACCCCAAGGAGGCCGAGGCCAUGGACCCGCAGCAGCGCGUGUUGCUCGAGACGGUGUACGAGGGCGUCGAGGCGGCGGGCUACUCGAUGGAGCAGCUGCGGGGGUCGCCGACGGCUGUCUUCGUCGGGUGCAUGAGCUUCUACUACCAGUUCGUGGCCAUCCGUGGCAUCGACAGCCUGCCGCAGUACCACGCGACGGGUGCCGCCAUGUCC